AUGUCGAAUCCUUUAGAACCAGAUUACUCGCCUCCUAAGAUUGCAGCUUGCUUUCUUGUGAACUUCGAUACCUCCGUGGGAUACAAAUUUGUAUGGUCCAAAGUGAAUGAGGGCUUGGAUUUGACUGGUUUGGAGUACAAGUGUCUUCCUUCUGGGUUACACGAAAAGGACUCAGACACAAUUCUUAUCUCACAUAAAGCUGGAAAUAGAAUAUACUAUGGGCUCUGUAAGUUUUUCCAAAACUUGGGUGAUUUUGGGUCAAAUGAACAGGUUGAUAGAAGCAAUGUGAAAAUGUAUGCAGUUGGUAUAUUGUGCGAGCCAUUGACGCCUUCUGCACUGAUGAAAUCUGACUCAUCCUGGAAGCCGAACGAGUUUGUCCAUAACGGUUGGGAGUACUUGGAAGACUUAGAUGCCACCCUUCGUAAAUUUGUAGCUCAGAGGGAGUUUCAGAACUUUGAGCUAUUCGAAGAGCUAUACUCCCGAUUGAUCGCUGGUGGUUCCACGAGAUCUACUAAGAAAAUAGAAAAUCAUCUUUUAAAGAAAUUGCCGGUUUUUUUGCAAACUUUGGGGCCCUUGACGUUCUGUUUGUAUAAGCAAGCACUCUUGAGGAAAAGAAUUCUAUUCUUUCAGCAAAACCAUUCUAAAGUUACGAAUUUUGACCUAGGUGCUUUCACAUAUCUAUUAUCUUUGAUAUCUAUCGUGCCGAAGGGAAUUGAAAUUGUGAAGAACGAACAGUUUGCUGAAGACGAAAGCGAUGAAAGUAAUUUGUACUCUCGUCCAAUUUACUCAAUCGGGUUGAAUGAUUUAGGUGGAACUUUGGCAGGGUCAGCUUCCACUAUUGGAUGUACGAACGACUCAAUCUUGAUGUAUCAACGCAAUAUAUUUGACUAUGCUGUUUUCAUUCCAUGUGAAGAAUUUGACGAACCUUUUGUGGUUGGCGCUAAAACAUUAACAAAUAACCAUGGACACACACCUUCAUCGAGUGAUGGAGAAUUAAAAUCAACAUUGAAGGAUUACUACAAGUUCAAGCUUGUUUACAAGGACUAUUUCAACAGACACAAGUGUGGGAACAAUUCUACUUCACAGGACGAUGCGUCAUCUAUAAAAACCAAGUCCUCAACUUUCUCUAGCAGAUUUGGGACUCAAUUCAUAAAAUAUACAAAUCCAAAGGUGUUUGGAGAAUAUGAGCUUGAAUCAGAACCAAGCUGGUGGCUCGAAAGUGCAACUGCUCCUAUAUCUUGGAGAGAAUAUAUAUGGUCUGCCUUUUCGUGGUUUGCUAGUGCUGGUACUGUUACUGAAACAGUUAUUGAGAAUUCAAACAUAGGUUACAGCAAUGGAAAAAGAACUGGAGAUAGCCAAGAUAAUUCGAUCCUAGCUCUUGACUCUUCCAACUCAGAAGAAAACGUUAAGAAGAAUUUCAUAGAAUUGGUAGAAUUAGUGGGAAAUUUCCAUAAACUUACGAAAAAAUGGUUUUACCUUAUAAAUGAGGUUGUUAUUGAAGAACUUGAUUUGGAUAUCGACGGGAAUGGGGUGCACCAAGCACUAGUGAACAGAAGCAAAAUAUCAAUUGAGUUGACUUACCAAGACAUUAUCGACAUGGAAUUGGAUCCAUAUUCGCACGAAGAUUUGGACUUCGUGAAAGAGUUUGUGACGUUGUACUGGGGAUCAGUUGUUGAAAACGUUGAAAUAGGAUUGGGAUUAUCAAGUAUCUGUUGCUAA